GGCUGGUAGGGCGGCUGAUGUCUGCUCCGUUCUUCUCUCCAGCAGCAGCUGCGCACUCAUAAACACAAACAUGUCCGCUGUUCCUGACGGCAAAAAGCUGGUCCGGAGCCCGAGCGGACUCCGCAUGGUACCGGAGAACGGCGCGUUCAACAGUCCGUUUACCCUGGACGAGCCGCAGUGGGUCCCGGAUAAAGAGUGCCCCAGAUGUAUGCAGUGUGACACCAAGUUUGAUUUCAUUACCAGGAAGCAUCACUGCCGGCGCUGCGGUCGGUGUUUCUGUGAUAAAUGCUGCAGUCAGAAAGUGGCUCUGCCCAGGAUGUGUUUUGUGGAUCCAGUGAGGCAGUGUGCCGAAUGCAGUCUCAUCUCACAGAAAGAGGUGGAGUUUUACGACAAACAGCUUAAAGUGCUCACUGCCGGAGGAACUUUCGUGGUCAAAGUCGGUUCUUCAGAGAAAUCAGAGACCAUGGUUUGCCGUUUGUCCAAUAAUCACAGAUAUCUCUUCCUAGAUGGCAGCAGUCAUUUUGAAGUGGAGCUGUCCCGCAUUUCCAGCAUGCAGGUUUUGACUGAGGGAUCGACCCCUGGAGAGAAAGAUAUAUGCUCGUAUACGAGUUUGCUGGACAAUCAAAUAUCUGAAGGUGGUACGCUCCGGGCCAGCGGGAUGGUGCUUCAGUACAAGCCACCAGGAUCUCUGAACCUUCAGCAGCUCAAUAUGGACACUGCUGAUGACAAGCGCAUCGCAUCUGCCUGGCUCGCAGCCAUGCACAAAGCUGCCAAACUGUUGUAUGAGUCAAAGGACCUGUGAAAUGCCGGAAAAAGCACACUUCUGGAGACCGAGAGAGAUGGACAGAACAGAAAGGAGGAGAUGGAGAGAGUGAGAGAGAGAUCUAAACCAAGUAUUAUGUGUUAUUCAGUCUUUCUUGUACUCUAAGAUGCUUGUAUGAUUUCUAUUAAGUCUUUUGCUUCUACUCCCUGUCAAGACAGACCAGAUUUACUUACAACCCUCUGUCUGUGCCAAGGGGAGGACCAAGAUUUUGACGAUUCUUGUGCAAUAUGGACAUGUAUGAUAAUAUAUAUAUAAACGCACCAUUUAACAGAUGCUUUAAGUGUAGUCUCACGUAUCAAAGUUUUGUAAACAAAAUAUAUUUUGUCAGAUAUUCUUAUUUUAACACUAAAUGCUGUGUAUCUACUUUUUACUGCCCGAGUAUUUACAAUAUGUAGUGUUUUUUUUUUUCUUUCUUAACAUAUAUUUGAAACACUUUUGGAAUUGUUUUUGUUUCCUACACUACAGAACGAUGUUUCAUUUGUUUAGUACCAUGGUUGUGUUUGCGGAGCAAGAUAUCCCUUUUUUAGAAAACUGAAAUUAGAGCAGCCAGAUUGCCAGGACUCCUUGUAAACUUUGUUCUAGGUCAUCAGGUUUUGUUUGCUAAUUUUCAGUAUGCACCAAAUAAACACUGAGUCCACAACUGA